AUGAAUUGUGCAGAAAUAUACCGACAAAAAAAUUAUUCGUUGUCAAUCUUAAAUCAAGCUUUUAAUGAUGAUUCAGGAUCAUGGUGGUGGUGGACGAAUAUUAUUGGUACACUUACAUUUGGUUUAAUUGGAUUAAGUGGUAAUUUAAUAUGUUUUUUGGUAAUAUGUCGUUUUUCAUUAUUUCAACAUUCAUUUGUCGAAUAUCUUCGUGCAUUAGCAUUUUUUGAUUUUUUUGCAUUAUUUUAUGAAUGUCUUCAAUCAUUAAAUGAUUUAUUUAUUUAUUUAUUUUCAAAAAAUUUUUUAAAUUUUCGUUUCUCAUUUAUUUGUAAAUUUUAUGAUUAUACAAAACAUUCAAUAAUUUUACUUUCAUGUUGGACAAUUGUUGGUUUAACAAUUGAUCGUCUUAUACUUGUUUGUAAUCCAUGGUCAAAAAAAUGGCCAAAUUUAUCACGUCGUUUAUGUAAUCGAUAUUGUGCUAAAUGUAUUAUAUUAAUAUUUGUAUUUUUUUCACUUUUAAUUAAUCUUCCACAAUUAAUUUAUAAAGAAUGGAUUUGUCGACCAACAGGUUUUCAAUAUAGUGCAAUGUUUCAUAAUUUAAAUCAAACAAAAAAUAUUCAAUAUAAACAAAUAUGUUCAUGUCGUGUUUCACCAUUACUUAAUUCAAAUAAAAUGAAAUUUUUCAUUUUUUGGAAUAAUUAUAUUUUUCAUCUUCUAUUUUAUACUUUAAUACCUGCUAUAAUCUUAAUAGGAAGUAAUGCAGCAAUUUUAAAACGUCUUCAUGCUCCUCGUCAAAUAAUAAGUCAACAAAAUGAACAUAUUCGUUCAAAAUUAACAAUUACAUUAACAUUAGUAUCAUUAAUAUUUCUUAUAUUAUAUUUUCCAUAUGCAAUUGUUCAAACAUUAUCUUAUUUUAUAAUACGUUAUUAUCAAUCUCAUUGUAAUAUUAGUUUAAUAUUAUCAUUACAUAAAUUAAAACGUUUAAGUGAAUUAUUAAAUAUAGCUGCAUUAUGUAUAAAUUUUUUUAUUUAUAUCUUAGGUGUUAAUCAUUAUCGUUCAUCAACUAUUAAAAUGUUAGGUUUACAUCAUUUUGAAAUAUUUCAAAAAUAUUUAAUUAUUGACCAACAAAAAAAUCUUGAUACAACAAAUAAAUUUAUUGAAAAACAAAAUUCAAAAAUUUUUACACAAACAGAUUCUUCAAAUACUAAAUUAUUAAACGUAACAUCAUCAUCACAUGGUGUAUAUUCGACAUCAUCUAUUUAUAAUAAUCGUUUAUCAAAAGAAUUUUAA